AUGUCAGAAUCCAAGCCAUUAAUCGGAGUGUUGGCCCUUCAGGGAGCCUUUGAAGAGCAUCAAAAAUGUCUCGAGGCAGUAGGAUGUCGAACCAAGCAGAUCCGAACUGCAGGAGACAUGGAGGACAUUGAUGGAAUUGUGCUUCCCGGUGGCGAAUCGACGGCCAUGGGAUUGAUCGGAACGGGGUCGGUCCACGAGGGCAAGAAUGUAUGGGAAGCUUUGAAGGAAUUUACAGAGACAAACAAGCCUGUUUGGGGAACUUGCGCCGGAAUGAUAUUGUUGGCCGAGCGAUGUGUGGGAGCGUCUGCCGUCAUUGAAAAUGGACAAUCGUUGAUUGGAGGAAUGGACAUUUUGGUCUGCCGCAAUUACUUUGGAUCUCAAGUUUCGUCGUUUGAAAUGGCCACACCGGCUCCACCAAGUGUUGGUAACAACAACAACGACGACAACAACGACGACGACGGCGCGAAUGAUACAACCUACCCCGGUGUCUUUAUUCGUGCCCCCGCCAUUUUGGAUGCUGGCAAGGAUGUCCAAGUGUUGGGAAAGGUGGUAGCCACUCCCUGUCGCCAAGCAGCAGUCGUGUUGAAUGAAUUGGAAGCCAAAAUUAAGAAUGGUGAAAAAGUUGUUCAAAUGGGUGUCGUGGAUGCAUUGGACCGAGACCAAGGUCUUCAUUACAAGGUCGUGGUAAAGCCACAUGAUGAUGAAUCAUCACCAGAGGAAGAAAAGAAGGAAGGAACGGAUCAUGGUGGUGAAUCUGGCAUGACGAUUAGUCUACCAGGUGCUUCCGAUGGCAGCAAUGCACGAGAAGUCAUUUGUGCAGUUCAAAAGAAUCAUAUACUGUGUACCGCCUUUCAUCCAGAACUGACAGAAGACUACCGCUGGCAUGCCUAUUUUGCCAAGAUGGUUGCCGAUUCAAAAUAA